UAGCCACUACAUAUAAGACACCCUAAAUAGAAUAUCACCCCAACAGACCGCAUCUUCAACAUGUUAUAUGAAAGUAUAUCGUUAUGAAACUUUUCUUGAAUAUGUUAUACAUGUAUUUUCUUUUUUGUGGGAAGUUAUACAUGUAUUUCUGUAUGUACAAAAAAUUCUUUUUUUUCGCUAUGGAUUUUUUUUAAUUAAAAAAGGGGCUCCCUGGAGCCGGUCCUCUAUUGGGCAUUUUUGCACACCCUUAUUCUUUAUUCAAAGGAGUUAUAUUCAGCUUCUAUGCCGGAGGCGGAGGGAAAGAUAUUUGGUGCAGACCGCCCUGUCGAGCGGAAACUUGGCAAUCCUCUAAGAUAUGUACUUAAAUGUUCUUUUAAAAAAUAUUGCACAUCCAUAGUGCAUCUGCAUCCGUUAAGUAUUUUGUGCAAAAGUUGAGUUGGGAAAAUAAUUCAGUAAAAUUCAUACAAAAGUAUGUAACAAAUUUCAUGUUCAUGUGCACUAGAAGAAAAAGGAAGAAAUCACCUAAAAUGUGUCGGCUUCCUAUAGAUUUUCUUACAAAACAAGUUUGCAUGUCAACUUUUUUUCAUUUUCUACAAAUUUGAAGGCCCACAAGACAUUAGACGCACAUAUACAUGCCUUUCUUUUUCAUUGAUUGCACAGAUUUAAAAAAUAUAUAAAGAAACACUUGACUGUUCCACAUUUCAAAACAACCACAUCAUACAGUAAUAAAGAUCGGUAAGCAGAGCAAGAAUCGUUUUUUAUCUAAGGAACAUCAUUCGUCAUAACAAGGAGGUCGGUUCUCUCCCGCGAAAAACAAAUAAACAAGGAGGUCGGUUCAUUCUUUUUUUUUUUCCUUUUUCCUUUUUCCGAAAGCUUGCCACUUGAUGAAGCUGGAGAGAUGGAUCCCGCUGAAAUGGAAUAAAGGGGUUACAAUUUUGUCACGUGCGCUGCACGUGCCAACCAAACACCUGCUGUGAUGUGGAGGGCGGGACAGACAGACAGACCAGGGACGGGGCCUUGGACUAGUGUAGGUGCCAGUUCUGAAGCUCGUGGAUUAGGCCAAUGGGCGCGCUUCGGCUGACGCCUCUGCUGCUCCUGGUGCUGCUCGCCGCCGCCGCGGGGAGGGCGGCCGGGGCGGGGCCGCGGCCGAGCGAGGUCGCCGUGGGCGCGCUCUUCACCUACGACUCCGUCAUUGGCCGCGCGGCGCGGCUCGCCAUCGAGCUCGCCGUCGACGACGUCAACGCGGACCGCACGGUGCUCGCCGCCACCCGGCUCAGCCUCGUCGCCCAGGACACCAACUGCAGCGGCUUCCUCGGGACCAUCGAAGCAUUGGAGCUAAUGGAGAAAAAUGUAGUUGCUGUUAUUGGCCCACAAUCAUCUGGAAUAGGCCAUGUCAUCUCCCAUGUUGUUAACGAGCUACAUGUUCCUCUUCUAUCAUUUGCGGCCACUGAUCCGACGCUUUCCGCGUCAGAGUAUCCUUACUUCAUAAGGACAACCAUGAGUGACUACUUCCAGAUGAACGCCGUUGCUAGCAUUGUCGAUUACUACCAGUGGAAAGAGGUGACCGCUAUAUUCGCCGACGAUGAUUAUGGGCGAGGUGGCGUGUCGGCCCUCGGCGACGCACUUGCAACAAGGAGGGCAAAGAUUUCACACAAAGCAGCCAUUCCUCCAAAUUCAAACACAGAGGUGAUCAAUGACGUGUUGUUCAGAGCAAAUAUGAUGGAAUCAAGGGUCAUGGUUGUGCAUGCCAAUCCUGACACAGGGAUGAGGAUCUUUUCUGUUGCCAACAAGCUUCAGAUGAUGGCCAGUGGCUAUGUCUGGAUAGUAACUGACUGGCUAGCUGCUGUCCUGGAUUCCUCGGCAUCUAGAGAUCUUAAAGGUAUGAGUCAUAUUCAGGGACUGGUUGUUCUUCGCCAGCACACUCCUGAAUCUGAUGCCAAGGAUAAGUUCACCACCAAAUGGAACAAUGCCGCUCGUAGCAGAGGCAUUAAUUCUGGCUUGAAUUCGUAUGGUUUUUAUGCAUACGACUCGGUCUGGGCUGUCGCUCGCGGCAUCGACCAAUUUCUUGAUAAUGGGCAGCAGGUCAACUUCUCUGCAGAUCCAAGGCUGCACCGUUCAAAAGAUAGUACUUUGCAGCUGUCAACUCUCAAGGUAUUUGAUGGUGGUGAGCAGAUGCUGCAGCAGCUUCUGCUCACGAAUUUCACAGGCCUAACUGGUCUGGUGCAAUUUGGUCCGGACCGCAACCUGGUACGCCCAGCAUAUGAUAUCCUUAAUGUGGGUGGUUCUGGUUCCCGGUUGAUUGGCUACUGGUCCAACUACUCAGGCCUCUCUGUCGCUGCUCCUGAAACUUUGUAUCAGAAGCCAUCAAAUGCUUCUUCAGUUGCCCAACGGCUCUACAAUGUGGUCUGGCCAGGUGAUUCCACCACUACACCUAAGGGGUGGGUUUUCCCGAACAAUGGUCAGCCUCUGCGCGUCGGUGUUCCGAUCAAGGCGAGCUUCAAGGAGUUAGUGGCAGGUGGCAGGGGCUCUGAUAAUGUGACUGGCUAUUGCAUCGAUAUAUUCAACGCGGCUAUCAGACUGCUUCCUUACCCGGUUCCUUGCCAGUUCAUAACAAUCGGGGAUGGUAAAAAGAACCCUAACUACGACGACAUUAUUAGUAUGGUUGCUGACAAUUCCCUUGAUGCAGCUGUAGGAGACUUUGCCAUUGUGAGAAACAGAACAAAGAUGGCAGAAUUCACGCAGCCUUAUAUUGAGUCAGGGCUUGUGAUAGUAGCACCGGUGCAAAGAGCACCUUCGAGUGCCUGGGCUUUCAUGAAACCCUUUACAUUGGAGAUGUGGUGUGUAACAUGCGCUCUUUUUAUUUUCGUGGGGAUUGUUGUUUGGAUUCUUGAACAUCGGACCAAUGAGGAGUUUCGAGGCUCUCCGCGACGACAAAUUAUAACAAUAAUUUGGUUUAGCUUCUCAACAAUGUUCUUCUCACACAGGCAGAACACGGGGAGCGCGCUUGGGCGGUUCGUGUUGAUCAUAUGGUUGUUCGUUGUGCUGAUAAUCAAUUCGAGCUAUACUGCUAGCUUGACGUCAAUCCUCACAGUCCAACAGCUAUCUACAGGAAUAACCGGGAUCGACAAUCUGAUUUCAAGUGGUUUACCUAUUGGAUACCAGGCUGGAAAAUUCACCAAAAACUACCUGAUUGAAGAGCUCAGUAUCCCCGAGUCUCGAUUAGUAGCGCUGAAUACGAUCAAGGAGUAUGCCGACGCCCUUAGACGCGGGUCAGGAGACGGAGGCGUCGCUGCAAUCGUUGAUGAGAUGCCAUAUGUUGAGAUCUUCCUGUCAUACCACUGCGAUUUCAGAAUAGUGGGGCAGGAGUUCACCAAGGAGGGAUGGGGCUUUGCAUUCCAGAGAGACUCCCCCCUCGCCGCGGAUUUAUCGACGGCCAUCCUUCAACUUUCAGAGAGUGGCCAGCUCCAGAGGAUCCACGACGAGUGGUUCACCAGGCCGAGCUGCUCCACUGAUGACACUGAGGUGGGAGCAACCAGCCUUGGCCUCCGAAGCUUCUGGGGCCUUUUCCUCGUGUGUGCCCUGAUAUGCCUCUUGGCUCUGCUGGUGUUCUUCAUACGGGUCUGCUGGCAAUAUAGCCGCUACUCUAGCUCUGAAGCUGCCGGUGAGCCCGGUGCAGCCGAUGCUGUCGGCCCCACCGCCGCUGCCGCCAAUGCUGUCGAAAGGCAGCGGAGACCGUCACGCUUUGGCAGCUUCAGAGAGCUGGUAGAGUUUGUUGACAAGAAGGAGGCAGAAGUCAAGAGAGCGAUGAAGCGGAGACCGAGCGAGAAAGAUAACCAGGCCGCAGGAUCCUCGGAUACUCAGCCAGUGUCUUGAGCAGAGAACGUUCUCUCUGACUUCAGUCCUUCAGAUGGCAAAACAGGGAAGGAAGCACGAUACCGAUAAUAUGUUGAAUUGGGUUCUCGCCCAAAGAGAAUAGUACGAUGAUCUAACUUGCUAAAGGCUUUGAAAGUGAUCUAACUUGUUAUUGUAGAAUGAUCUAAGAAUCCUUUUUCAUCAGGGUCACUAGAAUUUUGUCUCUGAUGUACACAGUUUGUACUACUAAACAAUUCUCUUCCCAGUUGGCUUGUUUCUCAAGUUUUGAAAGUGGUUUGUUUCAGUUGCA